AUGUCUCCCAACUUUCUGGACUCUCACAUCGCACGAUCAGCCUCUUGCUUGACUCCAGACACACCCAAGUCGACCCGCUGUCCAAGACAGUCACAUCAGAUAGGGUGUCUAAAGCUGUCACCCUCCCAUCCACGCCUUGGACGUACCCAUAUGGACAAGUCCGCUUUGACGCGACUGAGUACCCGUGUGUCCAUGCGUGGCACAAGACAUCCUAAUGGCCUCUCUUCAAACAACACACGAUCUACCCCUCCUGCUCAGGCCCAAAGGAAUAUGACGUUACAUUCAUAUUUCAAACAGUGGCAAUUCAAGGAUACUGAUUAG